AUGUCAACUCAAUUUUGGAAACCAGGAAAACAGGUGAGCUACGCAGUAACAUUUACUUGUGAGCUCGCAUUCAUUCUCUUCGGAGUCGAACAAGGUAUUGUGGGAAACUUGAUUGAUGGUGAAAACUUCUUGAAUCAGUUUGGACACCCUACGGGCAGCUACUUGGGAAUUAUAGUUUCAAUCUAUACGCUCGGAUGCUUUUUUGGUUGCAUUCUCACAUACUUUGUUGGUGACUAUUUAGGGCGCCGGAAGACUAUUGCAGCAGCUAUGGUAUUAGUGAUUGUUGGAGUUGCUCUUCAAACUAGUGCUUUCACGGUAGCACACUUGAUGAUAGGAAGGUUUAUUUGUGGUCUUGGUACCGGAAUGGAAACUAGCUCGGUUCCCAUGUAUCAAGCUGAGCUUUCUCGUCCGGAACUUCGUGGUCGACUUGUGUGCUCCGAAGCAUUGUUUGUUGGAGUUGGUUUAGUUUAUGCUUAUUGGUUCACUUAUGGGAUGUCGUUCACCUCAGGAGCCAUUGUAUGGCGGCUUCCAAUUGCUACACAAAUAAUUUUUGCAGCGGUGGUUCUUGGUCUUACUUGCACCAUUCCAGAAUCGCCUCGGUACUUGUACUUCAAGGGUCGGAAAGACGAGGCCAAAAAGGUUCUCUGCUAUGUAUUUGGGAAGCCAGAAACCGAUCCGGAGAUUACUAGUUUGUACCAAGAAAUCGAGGAAGCCAUGAUACUUGAGAGUACUGAAGGUGCGUAUUCUUGGAAAAAACUUCUCGUUAAAGACACAGCCAAAACCCGCCAUAGAGUGCUUUUGGCAUACAUGUCAAUGUUUGCUCAACAGGUUGGAGGAGUUAACUUGAUAAACUACUACAUAACCACGGUUUUGAUCAAUAACGUUGGCAUAGAACGUAACUUGGCUAUGAUUCUUGCAGGAUGUACAGUCAUUUGCUUUACAGUUGGAUCCUUGGUGCCCUCAUUCUUCAGUGAUUCGCUUGGAAGAAGAUUACCAUUAGUGUAUGGAUAUAUUGGAUGCGGAGUAUCCAUGCUUUUCAUAACUAUUCUUUUGAGUUUCCAAGACAAUAGUCGGUUGAAAGAGUCCACGGGAUCGGCUGCGGUUGCCUUCUUCUUCCUUUUCCAGCUUAUAUUUGGUGCUUCCGGUAACUGUAUUCCUUGGGUAAUUGUGCCAGAGAUACUUCCUUUGCAUGCAAGAGCCAAGGGAACUGCUAUUGGUAUUUCUGCCAACUGGUUGUGGAAUUUUUUUGUGGUGGAAAUAACCCCAACUAUCAUCACCAACAUCAAGUGGAGAUCGUAUCUCAUAUUCACGGUAACGAACUUUGCAUUUGCAUUGAUGUUCUACUUUUUCUACCCCGAAACCAAAGGGCUCACCUUGGAGUCAAUCGACAAACUCUUUUCCGAAAACAGCACGAUGCUUAUGGGAUUCGUUGACACCAAACAAUACCGCAAUACUCCGCUAGAAGAAUGGGACUCCGGGACUUCCAAUGCGAAAAGCAUUAGUUUGCAACAUGUUGAAUCAGUAGGAUCUAGUUAG